AUGUCAUUGGUUCAACCUCAGCCUGAUUUAGCAUUGGUGGGAUUCGGAGCGGCCGGUUUAGUAUACGAAGUUGGUGACGAUGUUGUUUUCAAGACCUGUCAAGUCGAAGAUAUCCUUUCGAGUGAUACCUCUGGUAUUGCCCGUUAUCAGAAUUCGGAAUUCCUGAGCAGCCCGAUCACAUUCGGUUGGACUGUGAUAUUCUACGCGUUCUUCUUCAUCUUCACGGCCUUGGCAUUUUAUUUAGAUUUGCGGAUCGGCAACGAGCUUUUCGAUAAGAAGGGCCGGGCGAUUCUCUGCGAUUUCAGCGCCGCCACGCCGUUUGGACAAUCUAAUGGGGGACACAACUUCGGCAACCGCCCACUUCUCGUAACUGGCUCUUUACUGACUGUCUCAGAUGCCACAGAUAGGUUUACAAUGGGUUCACUUUUUUUGCACAUGGAACAUGGAACUAAGGCACAGAUAUUUGUCGACAGAAAUGGCAAUUUGGCCCUACCAGAAAUAGGGACCGGCCAUCAAGGCAUUGAUACGAUCAUUCGAAAAGCAUGCUUAGGAGAGAGGAUGUGUUUACAAUGGCAUUUUACGAGGGAAGUUGUUUCGUUAAAUCUUCCUGAAAAAUCAGUAACGGUGGUGACGAUAGCUCCGAUAUUAGCGAUGUUGGCGAUGUUUGGACCACGCGAGCAAACAACGUCAGUUACGGGAGAUUCGCCAACUAGGCUACGCGUAGGUCGCGUCCGAGGCUUAUCUACAGUUGCCACAUGGGCUUCGGAUAUGGGAGCUCCCCAAAUGAACCUACCGCCAAGGCUCGGGAUAGUUUUGACCACAGGGCCUGGCGGUCCAAAAUUCCUGCGUGUGCCUGCUGCUGCCCGAAUAUUCCUGCACCUCUCUGGCAAGGCAGAGCUUGAAGCAACCUAA